AGCAUGGCUUACGUUCGGAAGAUCAUCUCUACGAAAAAAUGCCCAAAAGCUUUGGCCCCCUACAACCAAGCCGUGAUUGGUGAGCAUACCGUUUACUGUUCAGGACUUCUUGGUCUGGAAUUGGAAUCGUUGCAGCUGGUUGAGGGGGGAGCUGCAGCUCAAACGACGAAAGCUCUGGAACAUUUGGUCAAUCUGCUAGAAGAGUGCGGUUCAUGCAUUGCAAACGUAGUUAAAACUACUGUUCUACUGGCAGAUAUGAACGAUUACGCAGCAGUGAACGAUGAAUACAAAAGAGUUUUUUCCAGCAAUUUUCCAGCGCGGACCUGUUAUGCAGUUAGUAAACUACCUCUUGGAGCGGCCGUUGAAAUUGAGGCUAUUGCGUUGACCGGAGCUGUAGUUCAAGUUUCGGCCUAA